AUGAGAUUUACGCAUUCUUUGGCGACGCUUGUGCUUGGAUCUUUGGCGUCGUGCGGUAGUGUCAAGUUGUUAGCGCAGGACAUCAAUAGCCAUGAGUCUCUGGCGAUUGGGACCUUGAACUACGACGAGGACACGCUGCGUGCUGAGAUGGUUGACUCCAUUGACGAGCUGCCGCAAGGGUGCUACCGUCUUGGUGUGCAGCAUGGCAUGUUCUUCAAGGGGUACGGGUACGAUGAGCUGGAGAGCCCAUCAGGGUAUGACGUUACACUCACCACCACGAUGGAUGGCGAGAUAUUUGAUAUUUCGUUCACGAAGAGCUCAAAGAGGGGGCUGACGCCUCAUGUCAAGCAGGUCACGCCGGGCCCAUGGCCCUUGAUCACGUACCAGAAGGAGACUGCAACCGCCCAGCAGGAAAACACCGAGGAACCUGAGGAAGCCGCCCCACAAACGUUUAUGCAAAAGUACUGGAUGUACAUCCUACCAGUGGGGAUCUUUUUGCUCUUAUCGAUGGGAGACCCACCGGCAAAGAACAACCAGCAGAGGAGCGAGAUUGAAAGAUUGAACAACUGA